AUGGAAUUGGAGGAGUGGAGUUGUCAAUUCUGUCAUUGGUGUCUUCGACACUGGCAGGAAGCAGCAUGGGCUGAGCAGACGUCAAGGUCUGAUACCGAAGAUUGCAAUACCGUUCCCAUUCCCAAUUCCCCGUCAUCUUGUGAGUGUGACGCGGACAAAGUGCGUUCAUUCGGCACGACCACGUCAAUUGUGCCCACUCGUGUAUCAGCUCACAAGUCCGAUGCCCGAGGCUCCAAUACCCUUCCCAUUGCCAAUUUCUCGUCAUCUCGUGCGUGUCACACAGGGAAAAGUGCGCUUAUUCAACACGACCACGUCAAUUGUGCGCACUCGUGUUUCAGCUCACAGUUAUGGAGGCUAAACAAAGAUCUCGGUGGAUUUAGUGACAAGCCGCAAGAAUCAUGUGCUGACAAAAUCUGCCGAUGGCCUCCGCAAAGGGUUGAUGACAUUCAGUUUGUGAGCGGCUACAACAUAACCCUUUGCAUUCGACCAGAUGAGAAGCAGCUGAUGACUAGGGGACAGAAGACUUACCCCCUCACUCAUCUGUUUCAGGUUUCGCGAACCAUUCAAGAGGUUUCAUUCGAGGAUCUUGCAGCGCUGCCUCGUACGUUAUGGAAAAGGGUGAAGUAUCCUGAGGUGUAUCGCACGUAUCCACAAGACGUUUCAAUGAAUCAAAUUGUCAAGGCCGUGAAAGCGGGUCUUGCCGUCACUGACGUAAGACUGCACUUUUAUUUGAAAAAUCGUAUCUGUCACAUAAUGCGGAAAAUGAUUAGUUUUCAGGCAAACGAUAAGAUUAAUUUGCUGUGGAUAUAUCUAGUUAUUUUUAUUCAUUUGCCAGAUGCCACAGUACAAUUUCCCCAUCCACAUUCUGCAAACCAGCACGACAGUCUGUUCGCGUAA